AUGUCCCUCAAGCUAGCCGACGUCAUCACCAGGAACCCGCACUGCCUGAAGGAAAACGACUCUGUGCUGCAGGCGGCCAAGAUCAUGAAGGACCAGGGCGUGGGCGUGGUGCCGAUCGUGGAUGAGAACCAGAAGCCGUGCGGCAUCCUGACGGACCGCGACAUCGUGAUUCGCUGCAUCGGCGAGUCCCACGACUACAACCAGUGCAAGGUCAACAGCGUCUUCUCGAAGGGUGUGCAGAAGGUCUACGAGGACCAGAACAUCGAGGACGCGAUCGACCUCAUGAAGAAGAAGCAGCUCCACAGGCUCGUGUGCGUCGACCGCAACGACAAGCUGUGCGGCAUGCUCACCCUCUCCGACCUCGCGCACCACAUCAGGGACAACAACCUGCUGGGCGACCUCCUCCGCCAGAUCCACCUCGAGAAGGGCCAGGGCCAAUGA